AACUGUCGAAAGGACAACAGUACGGACAUCUGCAGCAACAACGGAGACUGUGUCUGCGGCACAUGUGAAUGCAAGAAGCGUGAGAACCCUUCAGAGAUCAACAGCGGGAAGUACUGCGAGUGCGACAACUUCAACUGCGACCGCUCCAACAACAAGCUCUGCGGAGGACACGGCCGCUGUGAGUGCAGGGAGUGCAUCUGUGACGCUAACUACACCGGCAGCGCCUGCGACUGCUCGCUGGAGACGGCCACCUGCCUCGCCAAGAAGAACAGGCAGAUCUGUAACGGCCGCGGCACGUGUGAGUGUGGAAUCUGCAAAUGCACCGACCCCAAGUUCCAGGGUUCUACCUGCGAGAUCUGCCCCACCUGCCCCGGGGUCUGCGCCGAGCAAAAAGACUGCGUGCAGUGCCGAGCGUUCGAGGCCGGAGAGAAGAAUGACACGUGUGAGCGCGACUGCAGCUACUUCCAGCUGAUCAAAGUGAAGGACCGCGAGAAUAUGCCCCAGCCCACCGACCAGAGCUUCCGCCUGACCCACUGCAAGGAGCGCGACGCCAACGACUGCUGGUUCUACUAUAUCAUCAGGAACGACACCAAGGAGGUCUACGUGUUGGAGACGCUGGAUUGCCCUGCUGGCCCGGAAUGAGAUGUCAGGGCAAUAGGUCUGUAGCUGGAUGGAUCUGAAGGGUCUUUCCCUGGCUUUAGGAUGGGCACUAUUAUUGCUUGUUUCCACACUGAUGGAAGUUGUCCAGUAUCCCCGACCCAGUCUCACGGCAUUUCAUAUUAUAGUCACGACAUUUAAUCUAUUGAUUCGUGUUCAUCAACACGAUUUUCACCUUUUUUUCGUGUCACAGAACGAUUUUAAAAGCAAUGUAUUUCUAUUGGUAGUAUGUUUCGUGCCUGCAAUACGUCUUUUUGUCCGGUCGGGUCUUGGAAGACUGGAAGCUGUGUGUUUCAUAAAAACAUUUUCUUACUCAA